AUGAGUUCGAGUGGAAUCCAAAUUCGCUUCGAGGACGCAUCCAGGGAGGCUGGGCAACAAAAGCAAUAUGCACGUCAUAAAAAAGAAAACGUUUCACCAGUUCCGGGACUCCUGCAGACUUCGCCUACAGACAAGCCUGUCACAGCAGUGACUUUGCAACAAACUCACAAAACCUCCACCUCCAUCGCUUCCAUUCUCAGUCUCCCCAGCGCUCCAGUCGAUUUCACCGCGACGGGCACCUCCGCUGCCGCUGUCAGUUCCACCACUUCGCCCCCACUGGUCUUCUCCUCGGGCAGUCUGUUGACACUCAGUCGGUCCGAAAGUUGCCUUGACACCUCACUUUCGACUGCUUCCAGUUCUAACACAUCGAUUACAUCGUCCUCUCUGCCGACCACACCCACAAUUGUCGAACCGCAACGAUCAUCGCAACCAUCCGCGACAAUGCAACAGUUUCCACAGCCCUCAAGCACACAGGCAGCUACGUCUAUCAUUUGUUCCACACCAACACGUAGGCGACACAGAACAACAUUUAGUCAAGAACAACUCGAUGAACUGGAGUCCGCAUUCCGCAAGUCACACUACCCGGAUAUUUACUGUCGUGAAGAGCUUGCCAAAAUGACAAAACUACAGGAAGCCAGGAUCCAGGUACAGUGA